AAAUAACAAUAUUUUGUUUACCGACUGGUGCGGCAAAGCGAAGCGAGUUAGUUAUUGACUACCUGCGCGACGAAUCCGCGUAUCACCCCAAAAAUAUUCAAUUCGGAAGAAGCGGAUCGCUGACAGGUCAGCAAUCAACAGGCAGAGCGAUUUGGCCAUAUUUGUAAUGCUCGACUAUAGGUCGACAUUGCAUAUAAGUACAGCACGUUCAACGUACAACAUGGACAGAACUUCGGAUGCGGAUGCGGUAAAUACAGUAACCACAAUGGCCAGUGUCGAGGUGCAGUUAAAUAGCUCCUAUAUCCUUCAGUGUUCAAUGUCUUCGCUUGAAAGCGAGAGUGAUUUAUCGCUGGCCCUUGAGCACGACAUGGGCCAACCGGUCGACUGUGAUGAGCUGCCCGCUUUCGAAAUACGGGCUUAUUCUCCUCACGGGCGCACGCCGUCGCCAAUUGAUGAUUUGAAUGCAUCGGACUUGGAAACGCCAAAGCAGCUGCCGGUCCAACAGCAGCGCAGUCCUGGGCGUCAGAAUAAUCCAGAGUUUGUGGCCUUGCACGAGAUCAAUGCACAAAUUAGUGCACCCAACAACAACGAAAAUGCAGAUGACUCAACAGUGGGCCUCAAGCAUGCCAACAGCUUGGAAACCAUUUUUGAAGGUGUCUUUUUGCACACACCGCCGCGUGAAAAGCUGAACAAAAGCGCAGGUUAUGGCUCGAAUCCUAACUCAGCAAAUCGCUACACACCAAAACGCAGUCGCGCUAAUUUGAUGGAAUUGGUGGCCAUAAAUCGUCUGCACCUUGAUGGACAGGAAAAUCAAUCGCCAAGCAAGCAGCUGCAAGACGAGCUCACCUAGUUUCCGUCCUCGGGGCAACUGGGGCCCAAACCAAAGCCAUAUAUGACACAUUUGCUUAGACUGCCACAGAUUUCCUAGAUAUAAGAAUUUACGUACACUUUGUGUAUCUCAAUGUAUAAGCAUUACUUUUAUAUAAUUUUAUAUUCUGGAUGCUGAAUUUAAAUAGUAAAACAUCUGUCUUUCCAUGUUUUAAACAUUUAA